UGUCCACAUUUCCAAUAUUUAGUUGAAGGUUUGGAUCACAAACUCAAUCACACUAGUCACUUAACUUCAUUUUUAUAUAAUUUUUUUCUCUCUCCUCAAAUCACCAUUGUUGUUGUCCGAAAUAGUUUCAAAAAAAUCCUCCAUUGAAAUCGUCGCAACUUCUCUGUUUUCCUUGGAUUAAAUCAUUAUACCUGCAAAUUCAAGGAUUUUUUCACUAAUUCGAUUUAGGUUUUAGCUGAUUCAUCGAUCGCAUAUUCUCCAGCCAAAGAAAAGGCAACAUCAAAUAACUUAUAGGAGAGAGUGUAGAAAGAAAUGAGUGAGAGGAAGAGUGAAGAUGGGAAGCUACAUCCAUCUGUAAGCACUGAAUUGGAUUUGGACCGACCCAACAUCGAAGAUUAUCUCUCUGAAUCCCUCCCUGAGCCUCAUGGCAAGCUUCGUUUGAGGGACUUGAUUGAUCUUUCUCCCGCUCUUACUGAGGCUGCUGGCGCCAUUGUUGAUGACUCUUUUACUCGUUGCUUCAAGUCAAAUCCUCCAGAGCCCUGGAACUGGAAUAUCUAUCUAUUUCCGCUGUGGUGUUGUGGAGUUGUUAUGAGAUACUUGAUUAUUUUCCCAAUAAGAGUUCUAGUUUUGACACUUGGAUGGAUGAUAUUCCUUUCUCUCUACAUGCCUGUUCAUUUCUUAUUAAAAGGGCAUGACAAGCUGAGGAAGAAAUUAGAGCGAUCUCUUGUGGAGCUUAUUUGCAGUUUCUUUGUUGCAUCUUGGACUGGGGUUAUUAAGUAUCAUGGGCCACGGCCGAGUGUGAGAUCUAAGCAGAUUUUCGUGGCCAAUCACACAUCCAUGAUUGAUUUCAUUGUUUUAGAACAAAUGACUGCAUUUGCUGUCAUUAUGCAAAAGCAUCCUGGCUGGGUUGGAUUGCUGCAGAGUACUAUUUUAGAAAGUCUUGGAUGUAUUUGGUUCAAUCGUGCAGAAGUAAACGACCGUGCUGUUGUACAAAGAAAGUUGAGGGACCAUGUGCAUGGGGCUGACAAUAACCCGCUUCUGAUAUUUCCUGAAGGAACUUGUGUUAAUAACGAGUAUACAGUUAUGUUCAAGAAGGGUGCAUUUGAGCUUGACUGCCCUGUUUGUCCUGUAGCUAUCAAGUACAACAAGAUUUUUGUUGAUGCCUUCUGGAACAGUAAGAAGCAGUCAUUUACAACACAUCUGCUUCAGCUAAUGACAUCUUGGGCUGUUGUUUGUGAUGUUUGGUAUCUAGAGCCCCAAACAAUAAAAACGGGAGAGACUCCCAUUAAAUUUGCCGAGAGGGUUAGAGACAUGAUCUCUCAUAGAGCAGGCUUGAAAAAGGUUCCUUGGGACGGUUACCUGAAGUAUUUACGCCCUAGCCCUAGGUUCACAGAGAGCAAGCAAAAAAGCUUUGCUGAAUCAAUAUUGCGACGUUUUCAUGAGAAGUGAAAGUUCUAAUUCAAGCUCAAGCUCGGCCUUUCGUCUUGACAGGUCCGAUAUAUCGUAAAGGUUUAACAAUCGUCAUCAGACUUUGGUUAAUGCUGUGUACUAACACUAAGAUCAAAAGCUUGUCUUUUGGAUAGGUAACUAAUUGGUAGUUAAAGUGUACCUAUGCUUUAGUUUAAGUGUGAACAAUCUAAGCAUUUGACUUUCGGAAACCAGAAUGAAGGAGAAUGUGUUCAUGUGGCGUACGCUAUGCCGAAAACUCUGGGUGUGACUUCUAUUUGGUCAACGCCGGGACGCCAUUAUUGUCCAAAUUAUCAAAGUUCUAAUCCUUAAAUUUUCUCUGUUCUAUCAUACGACCCAUGUUGUUGGGUGUCACAUCAUUAUGCAUAUACAUUUAUAAUCAUAAUUUAAACGGCUAUUUCACCAAAUGCCACUGAGUAAUUUCGAAAUUCACCAAAUGUCAUCGAACUUUUCCAAAUUCACCAAACGCCACCGAGUUUUAACAAAAUUCACCAAAUGCCAUUUCCGUUAGUUGACCGUCGAUGUCCGUUAGUUGACUGUUAGUUAGACCCCACCACUUGCCACGUGUCACCUUCUGAUUGGUCCGUUUUAAAAAAAAUAAUUAAACAAAAAAAUUAAAAAAAAAAACCAAAAAAAUUAAAAAAUAAAUAAUAAUAAUAAUAAUAAUAAAAGAAACCCAAACAGCCUCCCUCCCUUUCCUCCAUAACUUCCGACCAACACCACAACAGCCACCCCCUUUCCCCUACCCUAUCCCGUCGCGACCCCCUAACCCGCGAAACCCCAUCCCCUUCCUCCACCACCCCGAAACCCCACCCCCCUGAACUUUUCUUUUGU